UGGAGUUUCAGUCUGACAGGUAAAGUGUAGUUCAGGUAAACUGUCGACUGAUUCAGUGAGCUUUAUUUUUUUUCAAUCGUCGGGUGAGAUGUAAAAUUUGUGUAUUUCUUAUACUCCAAAUACAAUGGCCAAUGUUGAUGGCAGCUGGCGAUUUUGUGAAGGAUAUUUAGAACAUAAAGGAAAACAGGGCCGCGGGUACGAGAGAUUAUGGUGCGUCUUGAAGGACAGAACUAUCCACAUUUUUAAAGACCGAGAUAAGAGGAAUGAGGACACUGUGUUGGGUAGUUUAAACAUUGACAAUAACACGGAAUAUAAAUAUGGAGACAGUGAGAGAGAUGGCUACAAGUUUGAGCUGUACACCCUGGGUCUGGACAGAUGUAAAAGAGCUAACAGAUUUAAGAGCAGAAAGAAAGUUGAGAGAGAAAUGUGGAGGGCCUAUAUCAUCGGUCUGUCUAAGGGCACUGUUCCCAAAGACCUGGACUUGAUGGAAAGUCAGAUUGAGGAGAUCGAGGCUAAAUUAAACGCAUUCCUCCACCAAGAAGCUAAUAAGGUAGCUGAGGGUGGGUCUCCUUCUAUAGGGGGCGGAUCUGGUCACCAAGCACUCCAGAAAAGGAUCUCAAUGUCUCCAUCAGAGGACAGUGGGAUUGACAAUACCAGCAGGUACCCUAAAUCCUACAGAUCCCAGCGGUCCUCAUCUUCUGGCUCCAGAGACACGAUCAGUGGCGGGGGCGGAGGACCCACAAUGAGACAUAAGUUCACGAAUGAUCCAAAAAUGGAUGACGAAGUACCAAGUUGGUUUUACCCAAAUUGCACGAGAGAUUUUGCAGAGAAAGUACUGGUUAACGGUGGUCGAUAUGGUAAUACUCUAAUGAGGGAAAGUUCAUCGCAGAAAACCAGUGGAAGUUACGUCAUCAGUAAAAUAGGAAAAAUGGACGGCGAGGUGAAAAUAGAACAUUUUGAGGUUGAACGAAUCGACCGAGGAUAUAGAAUCAAAGUAGAGAAUGAUCACGAGCCCCAGAAGAAUCUGACUGGGGUGAUGAACACGUUUCGGUUUAUUGCGGGGUAUAACAGUACGCUCCCAAUGAGGACCAAUAACCUGUCCGACCUGGGACUGACAGUAGAUGAUGCAAACCCCUACCACCUCAAAAAAAUAGAAAGAGAGCUUCCAAAUACAGCCAGAGAGCUCCCAGAACCUUUACCAGAUUAUGAGGAGCCGAUGUCGAGGCCAUCCAAAACAUUCAACCCCGGAAUCCUGAAAAAGGAGAAAGCUAAAUAUGAAAGAAAAACUGUUCAGCAUUUUGGCACGACAAGGACUUCAUUUACACAUAAAACUAGUAGACGGUCACAGCGAACCCCCUCCCCACCCGAGUUUGAUCCGCCUGCGCCUCACCGAGAAUCCGUCUACUACAAUGCACCAGAAAGUAAAGUACAGAAAUCCUCACUCCAGAAACCCCGCGCCCCGUCUCCUACACCACCCCCUGCCCCUCAUACCCCUGAUACACAGGCCUACUACAAUGAAAACGAAUUUAAAGAUCUGAAAGGCAAGGAGCCACUUCACAAGAGGUGCAUGUCCGUCCCUGAUCUGAAGUCCACCUUGAAGCUCUUUUCAACAAAAAUAGAUGAUGACAUCAACCAACCAGCUUUCAAAAACAUCCCUCCACCACAAUCAGUGGUUCCUUGUGCGCCACCACCACCACCACCUGCAGUCCCAAUACCCUCCUCAUCUGCCACAAGUCCUGUUCAACAGACACCAGUCUCAAUUCUCAAGUCAGACAAAAGGUCUCUACCCUCCCUACCACCCAUCCCUAAUGAAGAACCUCGUAGUUCUGUGGAUACCGAUACCCCCACACCUGCUCAGAUGGGACUAAGACCAGUGAAAGUCAAACCAAAGUAUGAAGCAAGUUCUUCAAGUCCCAGUUCCUCUAACUCCACCCCAACACCUCAACAGCUUGGUCUCCGUCCAGUUAAAGAAGUCCAGAAAAAGACUGACCCAGCAAUCAAAGAAUAUGAGGAUGCUCAAUCGGUCAAGGACAUUCGUCAGAGGUUUGAGAAGAAAACUCCGCCCUCCACUGCGCAGAAACCUACAGGGUAUCAGCCGCGCAAAGACAACAAACUCCGUUCUUCUUCGUCUUUCUCUCUAACACAUUCUUCUGAUCACGCAACUCAAGAACUCAGAAAUACUAACAGUGACUAUCGCCAUCGCAUUUCUAACAAUCGUAAAAUGCCAUCUUCACGGCAUAGCGCACCUGUCAUACACCUGGAAUAUAGUAAUUUGAGUGACAUUGAAACGUUUAAUACUUCAGAUGAAGAAGAAGAAGAGGACAGCUAUCAUGAUGCAAUUUCCGUUGGAAUAUCACGGAAGUCUUCAUUCAUUCGAAAACUAGAGGCACAAAUCGCUCCCCCGGCAAUGAGCCGACAUGGAGCUCCUAAAGUCCCGGAGAUAAAGCCCAUGACCGAGGAGGAGGAACAAAUGUAUGAGGAACUACACGAGUAAAACUGUGAUAACUUGGAUUUAUAUAACAGUUUUUAUUUUAUUCGGGUAUACAGUUGUGAUCAAUGAACUACGCCACGUUUAUCAAUUGUUGUGCCUUCAGAAGGUUUCUGGAAGGGGUUACGCGGAUAGGUUUUAGAGGAGUACUGAGUACUUAUCUCCCAAGUAAUUUUUUUUUAAUGAGUACAAUUUUGGUGGAUUUUCAAAGAUUACACAUGUAUACAUUUUUUAAAUAUAAGGAAAAACCUAACAGCAUUAACUCAAUAAGAUGAAUUAUGAAUAUUUUAAUUUAAAAGUUAUAUUUUAAAGUUUUUCUAAUUAAGGAUAGUGAGAUCGCACCUAAAGUACCCCAUCCCUUCCGACGGCCUAGAAUCGUUUGUUUUACUGAUCAGUUUAAAUGUCCAUCUUUGUUAAUUUUUCAUUGAACUGUUCAAGUAUUUUUGAUAUAGAAAUUGAGAAUAUAAAUUGUAUUAAUUAUAUUUUUGUAUUUUUGACUUCAUAUUUUUAAUCAGUCUUAAGCUUGUUGCAAUUCAUGCACAAACUCCUCUUAUAAGAAUUACAUGUACAAGUGAGCUUCCUAAACCUCUCUAUGUAAACUUUGCUUUAUGUGGAUAUGUGCAUGUGUAUUUGUGUACUUAUUAGAAGAGUUUAAUAUGUAACCUUACCUCACCAUCUAUGAGUAAUCAGUAAAAUUCUCAGUAACUUAUAAGUAAGGCUGUGAUAUAAAAAUUAUUAACCGUGAUACCUCUUUGUUUUGUUCAGCAUUUAUCUGGUUGAUUCUGUUGGAACAUUAAUUAGUGU